CCCUGAACUCCCCAUUCUCCGGACUGGUUGCAGCGACCACAUCCAUGGUGGUGACCUAGCUGGGAUCUGGAAGAGGGAGUUCAAUCAUUCACAUUUUACUCGCAAAAGACAGGAUCAUGCGAUUUAUGAGAUCGUAUGUCCUCCCAAUGAAGAUGUAUUUAGACAAAUGAAACAAACAAAAUAACACACCAGCGGCGAAAACCAUUUGUAUCUGAAACUUCAUCCCCUCGUUGCCUCCAGGUCUGUACACUUUUUUCUCCUUGCUCUCAUGGUAAAGAGAAGGGGAGAGGUCGGCGUGAUGUCAACAUGCUGUGGUUAUAUAUUUGGGUUUAGGUAUUACCCCAUUCAGUAGAGCCUAAUAAACGGACACCAUGAGUCCUCAUCCAGUGGUCCAAGCCAUGAUUGAUCUCUCUGCUGGGGCUGUGGGGGGCACUGCGUGUGUCCUGAGCGGGCAGCCCCUGGACACGGCCAAGGUGAAGAUGCAGACCUUCCCCACCAUGUACAGGGGGUUCCUGGACUGUGUGACGUCCACCUACAGACAGGUGGGGAUGAGGGGUCUGUACCAGGGAACCACGCCGGCGCUGGUGGCCAACAUCGCGGAGAACUCGGUGCUGUUCAUGAGCUACGGAUUCUGCCAGCAGUUCGUCAGCUUCCUGGCCGGGAAGCCCAAGGAGGCGGGCCUCAGCGACGUGCAGAAGGCCUGCGCUGGUUCAGUGGCCUCCAUCUUCUCCUCCAUGGUUCUGUGUCCCACUGAGCUCGUCAAGUGCCGGCUCCAGGCCAUGUACGAAAUGGAGGCCUCCGGCAAAAUCACCAAGGGUCAAAACACGGUGUGGUCGGUGAUGAGGACCGUGAUGAGGACCGAGGGACCCAGCGGCUUCUUCCUGGGCCUCACCACCACCAUCGCCAGAGAGAUCCCCGGGUACUUCUGCUUCUUCGGGGCCUACGAGCUCUGCCGCUCCUCGUUCGCAAGCUACAUGAAAUGUGAAAAGGACGACAUAGGUGUGGCCCCCAUCAUGUUCAGCGGGGGGUUCGGGGGCGCCUGCCUGUGGCUAGUGGUCUACCCCAUGGACUGUGUCAAGUCCCGCAUCCAGGUCAUGUCCAUGAGCAGCAAGCAACCUGGGUUCUUCAAAACCUUCACAGCCAUCGCACGCGCGGAAGGCGUGAGAGCACUGUACUCCGGGCUCACCCCCACCAUGAUCCGCACCUUCCCAGCCAACGGCGCCCUCUUCCUUGGUUACGAGCUCAGCAGGAAGCUCAUGAUGAAGCAGUUUGAUGACGUUUAAUCUACAGCCGACCGCUCACUCCUCCACACAUCAAGCGUUGACGUCGGGUCCCCCUGACUCCACCAGGAUUCUGGAGGGUGUCUACCUGCCAAGUCAUGGUCCUGUGUUCUUCUCCACAGGGCUUCAUGGUCUCAUGGGCAUUCUGUGGGCUCCUCUGUCUUGUUCGUGCCCUUUCGAAAAAGAAGCACACUCCCCUUUUUCUUUUAAAAAUGUUAGAGCCCACAAACAUUCCCGUCAGAUAGAAUCGUGUUUUUAAAAUAUCUAAUUUGUACAGUCCAAAUUUAUACAUGGUCUCUUCUCCCUUUGCGGGACAUGGUAUUGUUUUAACACUCCAUUAUUAAUGCUGAAUGAAUUGUGAUUGCGACUAAUACCUCAUUAGAAUUGAACUGUACUUUCGUUCUCUACUGCACGCACAAAUAACGGCUGCUGCUCAACAUUGAAUGGGGAGACGUUGUACGUCCCUCACUCUCAUAUCCGUUGCUGCUCAGAGCAGGCUACCGUGUUCCUCUUCCCUCUGCAACAGCUCCACCUAGAGGAAGCUGUUGUGCCGUGAACUGCAACAGUAAGUGCAGUAAUUAUCAGACUGAUUUGUCUUUUUUUAAUGAAGCUUUGUCUAAAGCUCGUUCAUCCAGAGGGCGUUGAUGUGUUUUAUUUGUGAUUUUUAAUAAAAAUAAUAUUGAUUUAAUGUGAAAGGGUUUACGUUGAUGUCCUUCUCUUGGUGGCAUCAGAUAAAAAAUGGUGAGUUUGAUAGGAGUUUGAUCCAUGCAGGUCUUCUUAUGGAUCUGGCACUCCAAUUUAUAUGAUCAAACUGUGGUUAAGCUUGUUGCCUUUUCAGUCACUGCCAUUUUAAUUGUUUUUGCUUUAGACCAAAAUGGCUUUGAUAGCGCUUUUUGUUUAUCUUAUUGUGUUGCUCUUUUUUUUGCCUUGUUGAUUUACAGUGUUGAUUUACAGUAAGUGUUAACUCAAGUGUGCCUCAUUCAAGAAAAUGAAUAACAAUGUUUUAUAGAAGUUGUAGAUGACGGAUAGGUAUUGGGUUAUUUCCGUGUGAUGUAUGAUCUGCAUUAAAUUAAUUGAAUUUUAAA